AAUAUGGAUGACGGGAAUGACCCCAUUUCUCCCAAUAAACCAACUUCAGACAUCCAGUAUUCAAUUGAAGUAAAUAGCCUCCAGACAGUUUUAAAAAAUCUGCAUAAUCAAGCGAAGAGUACUAACAACGAUGCUCUUUCCGAAAAUAACACGUCGGAUAUCGCGGAUACUUUAUCUAAUUCGGAAUUCAAUGAAAAACUUUUUGACGAUCUUGGAACAUCAAUUAUUAUUCAUAGUGUCCUUCCUACCGAAGAUGAUUAUGAGUUAAACAUUGUGCCGCCAAGUAAAAUUGCUUUACUUGAAACCCAGGAUGGAAACAUAACGGAAAGCUCAGACUUAAAUAUAAUUGAAUGUCAAAGUAUUACUGAGAGCACUACAAGUGCAGACGACUUAACCGUAAUUGAGUUCCAGAAACCUUCAGAGAUUGAUAACAGUGAUAACAAGCCUCCUAAAAAAACAGUAGAUGAGAUUGUAGAAACAUCAAGUUCUGUGAAUAUGUCAGAAGAACAGAACAGUAAUCAAAAUGAUCAUUGUCUAGCACCGAGCACAGAAAAGGAUGCGCAGAUAACUGUCCCUGAUAAUAUCGUUACCGAGAAAAUAGAUGAAAUAGUUGAUAAUUUUAUUGAAAAUGAUCAAAAACCAGAUACAGAAAUCAAUCCACCCAGUUCUAAUGAAGAUUCAAAUGAACCCGGAGGAACGAAUAUUAACAUAAUACCAAAAGUGGUGAAAAAAGAAAGCUUUGAUGAGAUCGAUUUAAAAACAGAAAAUGAAAAGGAAGAUUCAAUACCAUUACAGGAGCCUGAAGAUACACAACGAAAGUUAACAGGAAUGGACACCGGGAUGUUGAAUUACAAAGAUGUUUCUAUGGAUAAAAAUUCAUUAACUCAGUCUGAGGCAGACCCAGUUGUUAACAUUUCAUCUAAAGACGAGAAAACUGCGCAGAAUGCUGUAAACAGCUUACUGGAGCCUGGGGGCAUACAAGUUGAGCAAAAUAUUGCACCGUCUGAUGGGGAAAUUGAAGCAAAUAAGACGGAAUCUUUAAAAUCUGAGAUUGAUUCAAUAAAUCAUAAUGAGAAUGCUGAAAAGAUGAACGAAAACCUCAAGAGUUUAGAUAAUACAAGCGAUAAUGGACCUAUGAAAGUAAUAUCUAACGAACCAAGCGAUGGAUCGAAAAACGAAGAUCUUAUUUCUGAUAACAAAUCUUCGUUGCCUUUGAGUAAUCAAUUAAUUGGCUCCCAAAUCAGUAAGACGGCAUCACAAAAAAUUAAAAAAAUGUCCAACGUUAAGGAUAAACAAUUAUCAAAUCAUACAUCGAACCGAUUAGUGCAGACGCCAAUUGCUGAAUUACAGCUAAAAUCAUUUAAGAACUCGACCGACGAAGGCUCGUGGUAUGAAGUUUACACUGAACCAAAUGAGUUGAAUAUGAAUACAAAUGAAUCCAGUAAUGCUAAAGAGUCUGACCAACAAAAUGCGCUCUUAGAAGAAAUAAAGUCAUCUAAGAAUAUUGAGCGAUCUCCAAGUUACAUAAAUGGAGCGCAAGAUGAAAACAAUGACCCAGCCAAGCCGAAACAAUCUAUUUGCUAUUUUAUUUCAUUCGAUGGCAACGAUGAUAGAACAAGUUUUAAGAUACCAAAAAAGUUCUUAAGGCAAUCAGAGUAUAGUAUCAAGAAAAAUAGUACAAAAUGUAAUAAUAGCAAGAUCUCUUUGGAUGAAGAAAACUUAGAUGAUUCUGUAAUUGAACUAAGUUACCAGGAAUUUAUUACUCCAAAGCUACAAACAAUCCAAGAACUGAACGAAAAUGAAGUAAGUACUGAGCUGAAAGUGGAUACGGAUAAAUCUGUUGCUAAUUUUCAAACUGGCUUCAAAGAAAAAGAAGAUAUUACAAGUAAGAUUAAAAAUGAACCAAUUCCCGAUAGCCAUGAUAACAAUAAACAAAAUCAAAAUAGACCAAAUAAGCUUGACGGUCAAAAUCUUUGCUCUACUACUGAUAAUAUACAACUAACGAAUAGCGCUAACAUUAUAAAGAGGGCUUAUAGAGCCUACAAAAUUCGUAAAUCACGAGAUGAGUGUGACGAAGUAAACGGCCUUAAAGACAGUAAGACUGAAGAUAAUGAAAUGUUAGCUGAUUCGAAAACUACACUUAAUCCAAUUCAUGCAGUUAUUAAAAUUCAGAAAUCAUUUCGAAUGUUUUUGUCACGAAAAGCUACACAGAAGGCACCCCAGAUUGUGACUCAGGAAAGUGCAAUAUAUACGGUAUCUGAAAUUGUGGCUGCAAUUAGAAUCCAAAAUACUUUCCGUGAUUAUAUUAGACGCAAGAAACGAUCGAAACCCGAAUGGUUUGUAGGGUCGCAACCUAUAUCACUAUUGUCAAGUGCUUCGAGCGUUCCAGCUGCGGUUGAAUCACUCGUUGCUACCACAGAUGACAAGAUAGAAUCACCCACACCUGAGCCCGACCACAAUUCACAUAUCGAAUUAAGUAAUUUGGAUGCUCAAAGCAAUGGCUCACUUGAACUGGCUACUGAUAUCGACAACAUUGUUAAUGACUUAUAUUCAAGUAAAGUAUUUGAAACUGAUAAUGGAGAUUCUAAUAAUUUAGCAGGUUUAGCAAAUGAUGAAGUGUUCGAUUUUGUUGAGGAUGUAGGGGCUAUGAAGAGUUCGUAUAUUGACCGAGCCUCCACAGAGGGUGCCACAAUGCGGGAAUUGCUGAACGAGUUUAUAAGGCAAGAGAUCCAAUUCUCUUAUCAUACUGACAACCGAGAGCACAAUAGGGGGAUUGAAGAAGUACAUGAGAUUCAAUGUGUUAAAAGAACGGUGUCACUCUCUAAUCUGGCCGAGGAUACAUCAGACAACGAUGGGUCAGAAAAUAUAAAAGAAGACAAACUGCAGCAUCUCAAUGAAUCGGAAAGUGAGUUGGAUACUCUGGAUAGCGCAGCUCUAAAAUUAUCAAAAGCGGAUCAGAUCAUUGAGAAAAUGUCCCGGCGACGAUCUUCAGAAAUACGAGAGAAACAAGAGAAGGAGAAUUGUAAUAUUAGGGAUUCCGUAUUUGAUGAGCCUCUCGUUCAGCCAAUGAGCGAUUUGCAAGGCCAGAACUCACUAGAUACUGAGGAUGGUGAUAUAAUAUAUAAGCGCCUGCAACGAGAUGAAACUCGGGAGAGCUCAGCUCAAAGCGAGUCUGUUAUAUUUGGAAAUGCUGAUGAAGACAGGGCUAUGGCGAAUGAUCCGGAAAUUGCACGAUCCCAGCUAUCUCGGCAUUACACGAUAGCCGGUGACGAUCCAAAAGCUAUUUUUAAGUCCGUGAUAAUUAACGAUUCAGUUAAAUAUAUUGACGAUGAAAAUGAGAAUGCUAUCGAUGGCUCCAAGGGCAGCAGCAGUUUCUGUUUGGACGACGAAACGUCUGAAAACAUUCGCAAAAAGAUGAUGGCAUAUUCCUUGUCGGAAGCGGACUCUGAUUACUGUGACCCGAAUAAGAUCAUGAAGGAUGACUUUCAUAUAGACACUGCAAUGGCAGAUGCCAUGGACACAUCUACAGAAACCGAAUCGACAAUUGUUUCCGCUGCUGCUAAGAUACAGGCAGGCGCCCGGGGAUUUCUAACUAGGCGACGAUUGCGACGAGCCAGUGCAGGCACUAAGUCAUCUACCCAGGAAACCAAGGCAUCUUUCGGGAAUGAUGCUAUAAGCGAAUCACUGGAACGCUUCAUUGAAGAGGAAGCUGCUAAGAAAAUUCAAACAGCAUAUCGAUUGCAUACUAAGAAGCCCAAACACCAGCCACUGGGUCUUACAAAUGGCUCCAGUCUGGAAAGCACCUUGGCAGCCAAACGGCAAAUGCUUCAGCGCGGGGACGCUUUGCAAAAUGAUUCGAAUUCUUCCCCCGAGAAUGAAAAUACCGAUUGCAUCUCCGAUAACCAGUCAAAGAAACCUAUUGAGACGAUUCCGUCGCCAAACAAAGGUAAGCCAUUAACAUUAUACCAUUAA